AUGGCUCCCGGCGUGCCAGCAGUCUCGAAAUGUCCGCUCCGGACCAUCAAAGAGAUCCAGUUCGGUCUGCUCUCGCCCGAGGAGAUCAAGGCCAUGAGCGUUGUCCAUAUCAUCUACCCUGAGACCAUGGACGAGCAGAAACAGAAGCCGCGUGAGCAGGGCCUUAACGACCCUAAGCUCGGUACCAUCGACCGCAUGUACCACUGCUCGACGUGCAAAGAAGACAUUCAGGUCUGCCCCGGCCACUUUGGCCACAUCGAGCUACACACGCCCGUCUUCCACGUUGGAUUCGUCGUCAAGAUCAAGAAGCUCCUCGAGACUGUGUGCCACACCUGUGGCCUGAUCAAGGCUGACUUUAACCACCCCGAUUGGAUUGCCGCUACCAAGACAAAGGACGCAAAGAAGCGUUUCGACAAAAUUUGGCGCAUGUCGCGGACAAAGAGCACGUGCGACGCUGACGGCCCCGACAGUGGCAAGGACAAGAUCCCCAAGAUACCUCACGGUGGUUGCGGCAGUGCACAGCCUGACACCAUUCGCAAAGAUGGUCUCAAGCUCACCGCCACCUGGAAGCAGAAGAAGAAGGAAGAUGAUGAUGGCUCAGGCGACCGCAAAGAAGUCAUCACCCCCAAGCAAGCUCAGACCAUCUUCAAGCUUAUGACGGAAAACACGCUAGCACUGCUUGGCCUGAACGCUGACUAUGCGCGCCCCGAGUGGAUGAUCCUCGAUGUCUUGCCCGUACCUCCGCCGCCAGUGCGUCCUAGUAUCUCCGUCGACGGUACUGGUCAGGGUAUGCGUGGAGAGGACGAUUUGACGUAUAAGCUGGGUGACAUCAUCCGCGCAAACGGUCGCGUCGCCGAAUGCCAGCAAGAGGGUUCACCUCAGCACGUCACUGCCGAGUUCGAAGCUCUUGUCCAGUACCAUGUUGCGACAUACAUGGAUAACGAUGCCAACGGUGUCCCACAGGCCAUGCAAAAGUCUGGUCGUCCUCUAAAGACCAUCCGUGGUCGAUUAAAGGGCAAGGAGGGCCGUCUCCGUGGUAACUUGAUGGGCAAGCGUGUCGACUUCUCCGCACGUACUGUCAUCACUGGUGACCCUAACCUGUCACUGGACCAAGUCGGUGUUCCCCGAUCCAUUGCCCGAACUCUCACAUACCCCGAAGUCGUCACAAAGUUCAACAUCAGCAAACUCACAAACUUGGUACGCAACGGUCCAAAUCAGCAUCCUGGUGCCAACUACGUCAUCAAGGCCGACGGCGCCCGUCUCGACCUCAAGCACAACAAGAACCUGGACGAUCUGCGGCUGCAAUAUGGCUGGAAAGUUGAGCGCCACAUCAACGACGACGAUGUCAUUAUCUUCAACCGUCAGCCCUCCCUUCACAAGGAGUCUAUGAUGGGUCAUCGCGUCAAGGUCAUGCCCUACUCCACCUUCCGUCUCAAUCUCUCGGUCACAUCUCCGUACAACGCCGAUUUCGAUGGUGACGAGAUGAACCUCCACGUUCCUCAGAGCGACGAGACCCGUGCUGAGGUCCAGAACUUGUGCAUGGUCCCGAAGCAAAUUGUAUCACCCCAGAAGAAUCAGCCCUUGAUGGGUAUCGUGCAGGACACGCUUCUCGGUGUCUACAAGAUGAGCCGUCGUGACAACUUCAUCGGUAUCGAACAAGUCAUGCCCAUUCUCAUGUGGGUGCCUGAUUGGGAUGGCAUUGUUCCAGAGCCUGCCAUUCUCAAGCCUCGGCCUCUCUGGACCGGAAAGCAGCUCGUGAGCAUGGCUUUCCCCAAAGAGGUCAACAUUGAGAAGAAGGAGGAUGAUUCUUCACCUUCGCCGCAGAAUGAUAUCCGGGACAAGAGUCUAAUGAUCAAGAGUGGUCAGCUGAUCUAUGGGCAAGUCACUAAGAAGAUUGUUGGUGCUUCGGCAGGUGGUGUUAUUCACAUCAUCUUCAACGAACUUGGCCCUGACGCGGCUGUCAAAUUCUUCAACGCUUGCCAGCGUAUUUGCAACUGGUGGCUGCUCCACCACGGCUUCAGUUUCGGUGUGGGUGAUACCAUUCCGGAUCCUGCGACUUCAGAGAAGAUUGCCGAUGAAGUCCGGAAGUCCAGAGAAAAGGUGGAACAGAUCAUCGAGCAAGCAACUUUGGAUGAGCUCGAGCCUAUGCCCGGUAUGACAAUUCGUGGUACAUUUGAGUCCAAGGUCCAGAAGUUCCUCAACGAAGCUCGUGAAGGUGGAGGUACUGCGGCUCAGACAAGUUUGAAGGACUUCAACAACGUUGUCCAGACUGUCGUUUCUGGUUCCAAGGGUUCCACUGUUAAUAUCUCCCAGAUGGUGGCCCUUGUCGGUCAACAGGCUGUGGAAGGGCAGCGUAUUCCAUACGGCUUCAAGUACAGGACAUUGCCACAUUUCGCCAAAGACGACUAUUCGCCCGAAUCUCGUGGUUUCGUCGAGAACUCCUAUCUCCGUGGUCUCACACCCUCCGAAUUCUUUUUCCACGCUAUGGCUGGUCGUGAGGGUUUGAUCGAUACCGCUGUCAAGACAGCCGAGACUGGAUAUAUCCAACGUCGUUUGGUCAAGGCCCUCGAAGACGUUAUGGUCAAGUACGAUGGCACUGUUCGUAACUCCAUGGGAGACAUUGUUGAGUUCAUCUACGGUGAAGAUGGUCUUGACGGUGCCUAUAUCGAAAAACAGUCCAUGGAUACUAUCAUGUGCUCCGAUGCUGACUUCGAGGCUGCGUACAAGCUGGAUGUGUUAACUACUGAUCAGCCCGAGAUUCCUGUCUGGAAGCUUGAGGGCUCUCCCAUGUUCCAAGGUGACGUGGACGUACAGCGAGCUCUCGACGAAGAGUUUGAGCAGAUUAAGAACGAUCGUGCUGUUCUUCGCGACACAUUGAACGAGGAAGAGCUUGAUAGCUUCCAAUUGCCUCUCAACAUCCAGCGGAUGAUCCGAUCUGCUCAGGCUAGAUUCGGCAUUAACCCGGAAAAGGCUGUCAGCAACCUCACUCCUAUUGAGGCGAUUCAGCAGGUCCGCGAAACACUCGACCGGUUGAUUGUCAUUCGUGGUACCGAUGAACUGUCGAUAGAAGCGCAAAACAGCGCGACUCAACUCUUCAAAGCCCAUCUUCGAGCUCGUCUCGCUUUCAAGAAGCUUGCUGUUCAGCACCGCCUAAACAAGGAGGCCCUGAAAUACAUCCUGGGAGAGCUCGAAGACCGUUUCCUCAAGGCCGCUGUUGCGCCUGGUGAGAUGGUCGGUGUCCUUGCUGCACAGUCGAUCGGUGAGCCUGCCACGCAAAUGACACUCAACACUUUCCAUUUUGCUGGUGUGUCUUCCAAGAACGUCACUCUCGGUGUACCGCGUCUCAAGGAAAUUCUCAACGUCGCCGCCAACAUCAAGACACCAUCUAUGCUUGUCCGUCAAAUCAACAAGAAGGCCGACCAAGGAGAUGCCAAGAAGUUGCGCAGUACGAUUGAGCUUACAACUCUGCGCUCGUUGACACAGGCUGUCGAGCUUUACUACGAUCCUGAUAUUCAGUCAACUAGAGUGGAAGAUGACCAAGACAUGGUUGAGUCCUACUUCAUUCUACCCGAAGAGGACGAAGUCAUCGAAUCGCAGUCUAAAUGGCUGCUUCGUAUCAUCCUCGACCGCAAGAAGUUGCUGGACAAGAGUAUCACUAUCGGCGAAGUUGCUGGAAAGAUCAAGGAGGAGUUCAAGCCCAACCUCGCUGUUAUCUUUAGUGAUGAGAACGCAGAUGAGCAGGUUAUGCGCGUGCGUUUCAUUUGGGAUCAAAACCUCACGAAAGACGACGAGGAUGAGGACGAGCGAGACGAACGAUGGAUGCGCAAACUUGAGCAGCAUCUUCUCGACGAUGUCACUCUACGUGGUGUACCCGGUGUUGAGCGUGCCUUUAUCCGUGAACACUGCGUCACCAAGAAGAGGGAUGACGGGUCGCUUUUGCACUCCAAGAGCAGCCCUGAGUGCAAAGAGUGGGUGCUCGACACCACCGGUACCGCCUUGGCCGAAGUACUGUCAAUUCCAGGUGUGGAUGCUACCACCACGUACUCUAACUCGUUCAUCGAAAUCCUUGCUGUGCUUGGUAUUGAGGCAGCUCGAGCUGGUCUUCUUAAGGAAUUGGGCAUGGUCUUGUCCUUUGACGGUUCAUAUGUCAACCAUCGUCACAUGGCAUUGCUCGUCGACAUUAUGUGCCAGCGUGGUGUCCUCAUGGCCAUCACUCGUCACGGCAUCAACCGUAACGACACUGGAGCACUCAUGCGUUGUUCGUUCGAAGAGACUGUCGAGAUUCUUCUCGAAGCUGCUGGCUUUGGUGAACUCGAUGACUGCCGCGGUGUGUCUGAGAACAUCAUGCUGGGUCAACUCGCGCCCAUGGGUACUGGAGAAUUCGAUGUUGUCAUGGACAAUGGCAUGCUUCUCACCAUGGUCGAGGAUAACUCCAAGAUGAUGGGAGGUGCCGCUGGUGCAGGAACCUAUCUGAGUGACGGUGCGGCCACGCCUUACGACUUAGGCUCUCCUACGUAUGAAGGAGGAAUGGGUAUGGGCGGGGGAUACGACCAAGUGUCCUUCUCGCCUAUGGCUGCUGCAGGUGGCGGUGACGAUCAAGGUGGCUUUACUGCGUAUGGAGGUAGUUAUGGUAGCGGUGGCUUCAGCCCCUAUGAUGGAGGGCGAAGCCCAGGUGGCUCAGGCUUUACCGGCAUGUCUCCAGGAUUUACCAGCCCUGUCUCGCCAGGCUUCUCUCCCACUUCGCCUGGUUACUCGCCUACUUCACCAGGAACCGCCAGCCCGCGCUUCGCUGCAACGUCGCCGGGUUACAUGGCGUCGCCUACGUCCCCACACUACUCUCCAACUUCGCCGCGAUACGGUUCGCCUACAUCACCGUCGUACUCGCCCACGUCUCCGGCUGGUUACUCGCCCACGUCGCCUCAAUACUCUCCUACAUCACCCAACUACAGUCCGACGUCGCCAACGUUCAUGGGAGGAGCGACAUCCCCAGCGUACAGCCCUACAUCGCCGCAGUACAGUCCGACAUCACCUCAGUACAGCCCGACCAGCCCACAGUACCAAGCCACCAGCGAUCGUCGUAGCCCGACAUCGCCAACGUCUCCCCAGUACAGCCCGACCUCGCCCCGCUACUCGCCAACGAGCCCGGCAGGAUCCUUCUCUCCGACGUCACCCCGGUACAGCCCGACAUCUCCAGGGCCUGCAUAUUCCCCAACAUCUCCGAAGCAAUAG